AUUACACCUUACAAUCUCGGGCCAUCGCGCUCGAUCUGGACAUGAACAUUCACAAGUCGAACAGCACGUUUUUCACAGACGCCGACGUCAAUCGCGCUGAGCUCAUAACAAGUCUUUUGAGUCAAGCGUUGGCGAAUCUCGGAUCGCCUGCCUUCAUUUUGGCCGGGGUGCAAUGCAAGUUUCAAAGGGAGAUCCGCCCCUACCAAAGUUAUGCCGUGUCGUCUCGCAUCCUGGCUUGGAGCGACAAGGCCAUGUACGUAGUCACCUACUUCACCAAGCCCGGCACGAAGUUUGACAGGGAGUUAGACCUGCUGGGUGGACCUGAGGCCCUGGUCAAGGACGGCCAGGCGCGCAAGAUCCUUUUUGCGACGUUGGUGUCAAAGUAUGUCUUCAAGGCGGGAAGGGCUACCGUGGCGCCCGAGCACGUCUUCCAAGAAGCAGGUCUCCUUAUCGAGGCUGACAGUAAAGACGGCGUUUCAGGAGUUGAUGGAUUGAUUGGCAGCGAAGCCGUCGCUGCGAGCGUGCAGGCCGGUUUGAGAUAUAUUUCACAGUGUAUGGAGUAGGCGCUGCAUGCGGGGAUUACGUGGCAUGCAAUGCCGCUGUGCCCCACCCCGUUGACACCUUCCGCUAGGCUGAUGAAAUUUUGCCAAGCUAGGCCCGAUCGGGCAGGUACUUUACGCCAAUCUGGUGGCAGAAUCUGAACUGCCGAGCAACGUCAAUCUAUUGUUACACAGCUACACAUGUAUGUAGACC